AUGGAAGAUACGGCUGCGCCUCGUGUGGAGCUCAAUGAGGCCACGGUGAGGCCUCCGCGGUACGGUGUCCCCACUCACGAUGGUGCUGUGAUUUUUGCUGGUAGAUCUGCUUCUCUAUGUCUCCCUUCAAGCCGCGGGGGAUCAGGCUCACUGUCUUCUGAUAUGGACUCCAAAUCGUCGUUUCUCAUUGCUGCUGUGGCGGAGAAUCGUGCCCGAGAGAUAGGAAUAUGUGCAAUUGACUUGGUAUCACCAUACGAGCUAUUGCUGUGGACGGUGAUCGACUCGCACUCUUAUGUAGAUGCCAUGUCGCUGCUUCAAGCUUAUCAGCCUGUAGAAAUUCUCGUAGUUGAAUCAUCCAAGUCUUGCAAAAUCAACGACGAGAUCUCCAAGCGCUUUGCUGGGUCAAACUGCCGAAUCGUGCCGCUGGCACGGAAUCAAACCAAAGGAGCAGAAGAUAUCAAACGCGUCAUGGCAAACAACGUCGAUAUCAAUAUUGGAAGAAAUUACGUUGCCAUGGCCUCAGUGGCGUGUUUAAUGAAAUACGUCGAGUACAUCCAGGGCAUUUACAUCGCGGAAAAGACUUUGAAGCCCAUCGACACGCAAACUGCUCAUGGACCAAGCAACGGUUUCUGCUUUGGAGCUGGUGCAAGGCACUCGAGGAAGGAGCGACAGCCAGUCGCUGUGCAAGAUGCUGAACAACACGCAAACCAUGGCUGGAAAUCGACUGUUAAGAUCUACGAUGCUGCAACCAACUUGCCACCUGAAGACGAUGUAUUGCACAGCGUUUGUCAUGUUUCCUUGUUUAUCCGAAUCACACUCACAAUUCGCUGCUCCAGUCAGGCGCGUCAUGAUGUCGUUGGAAUAUUCCUUGAUAACCCUGCAUGGUUUUUCGAUGUUAUGGAAGCGCUACGUGACUUUGUUGACUUGGAUCGGCUACUGGGUCAACUUGUUUUUGUUCCUAAAGUGAUCACCCCACGGGUUUCCCGAAUUGCCAUAGGCAGUGUGAUUGCUCUUAAACACACAUUAGAAUGCCUGCCGAAACUAGUUUCGUGUCUGGAAUCAACCUCGGCGAAGCUGGAUAGUCCCUGCCCUCUACUCAACUCAAUCAUUCAAAGUUUGCGUGACGAGCAGUUCACAGAGAUCAAGGCAGAUAUUGAGCGAGUUGUGAAUGACAGGGUCAAAGUUUGCCGCUUAGCUGCACAGAAGCGCAUACAAGAAUGCUUUGCUGUCCGAGCAGGCGUUGACGGAAUGCUUGACGUCGCAAGGCGAACCUAUCUCGAUACAAUUGAGAAAAUUCACGAGGUCAUUCACACGUACAAAGAGAAUCUUGGGAUUCCCAUUCGGCUCAGUUACACAUCACGGAGAGGAUACCAUUUAGCUGUUCCCGCCAAUACGAAAGACUUGCCCGCAAGUUUUAUCGAGAGAGUGACAAUGAAAACUGUAAUCUGCUGCUCCACUAGGCCAUUGGCCUCUCUCAAUGCACGGCUAAAUGAAGCACUUACCGCAGUCUACAAGCUAUCGAACGAUGUUAUCCAACAACUCCUCGACAAGAUCCGCCCUCGAUCCUCUACUAUGCACGCGAUGGUCGAAAGUAUCGCGCUGCUGGAUAUGCUUUUGAGUUUCGUAAACGUCGUAGCCCUGUCACCGCCAGAACAUCCAUACACAAAGCCAACAGUAACUGAGCAUGGCAACCUGAUCAUUAAAAAGGGCCGACAUCCGUUAGUUGAACGCGUGCUUAAAGAUCAGGCUUACAUCCCUAGUGACACGUUUUUUGACCCGCUGAGCACUUUUCACACUUCCGAUGCUGUUAUUCCGAUACGAGAUCGAAUUUGUACCAGAUUUGGAACAUCGGACGAUAUGGAAGAAAAUGCAAGCUCAUUUGCUGUUGAGAUGACUGAGACGGCUUUCAUCCUGGAAUCAUGUACGGCGAGGUCAUUGGUACUAAUUGAUGAGCUAGGCCGAGGCACAGCCAACAACGAGGGUACUGCGAUCGCGUGGAGUAUCGGUGAAGAACUGAUCCAUCGAAGAUCCUACACGUGCUUUGCGACCCAUUAUCAUCAGCUAAAUCGACUCUCGCAUCUGUAUCCUCGCUGCCGGUGUUACCACGUGGGCACUGAAUCAAAUACCAAUUCUGUGCACUUUCGCUACGUAUUGAAAGAUGGACCUUUUCCAUUGAUUGGCAUGUACGGGAUCAAGACAGCAGCAUUGAGUGGUUUGCCAACAGAACUGAUCCGUGAAGCAGAGAGCAUCUUCGAAAAGCUCUAUAGUAAGCGCGAGGCUACAGAAAAGUCAGCUGCUGAAGGCCCAACGACCAAUGAUACCAGCAGGAUCAACAAAAAUCUCCUCCAUCAUUUGUACGCGCUUCGGUAUGCGGACCUAGAUUACGCAGGUCUUCGGCGCCAACUACAACAUCUGAAGAAUCGAUUUCUGGCCCCGGCAGAGUAA